CAAUGCCUUAUGGUUUGUUCUUUUUAAAAUCUUUUUCAGUAAUUUAAUAUAUCAUGGGUGGAAGUUCUGUUCUUGCUGUUGAUGAUUGGGAGAUUGCUUCACAUAAUGAUGUUAGGACACUUGUUUUGUUCGGACGUACCGGCAAUGGCAAGAGUUCGACGGGUAAUAGUAUUCUUGGAAGAAAGGCCUUUGAAUCAAGGGCUAGCUCUUCCGGUAUAACAACCUCUUGUGAAAUGCAGACAACUACAAUGAAUGACGGACAAAUUGUUAAUGUUAUCGAUAGUCCAGGAUUGUUUGAUUGUUCUGUUGGAAUUGACUUUCUCGGAAAAGAAAUAGUCAAGUGCAUUGAUUUAGCCAAGGACGGAAUCCAUGCCGUCAUUGUAGUGUUCUCUGUUAGAACACGCUUUACCGAGGAAGAAGAAAAUGCUCUACGUAGUGUGCAAACAUUAUUUGGAAGAAAAAUUGCUGACUACAUGAUUGUGGUCUUUACCGGGGGAGAUGAAUUGGAAGAAAAUGGCCAGACACUCGACAGUUAUUUGGGUGGUGACUGUCCGGAGCCUUUGAAGGAAGUUUUAUCUUUAUGUGGAAAUCGAUAUGUGCUUUUCGACAACAAGACUAAGGAUAAAAAAAAGCGAUUUGAACAAGUUCAAGAACUUCUCAUGAAUGUCGAUAUGGUAAUAUCAAAUAACAGUGGGCGACCCUAUAGAGAUGAGUUAUUUAUCGAACUAAAGAAAGGAGCAAACGAGCUGCAUAAACAACAAAGAGUGGCUGAUUCGAUGCAAGGAUAUAAUGACCAACUUAACCGAAUUACUGCAAUGGUCGAGUCAAAGUUAAUGGAGGCAACUGCAAGGCUCGAGCAACAGUUGGCGAACGAGCAAGCUGCAAGACUAAAAGCAGAACAGCUUGCGAAUUCUGCUCAAAUGAAAUCAAAUGAUGAUAUUAAGAAACUCAGAAGACAUCUUGAGCAAGCACAUGAAGAACUUCGCAAGCGAGAACAACACUCUACUUGUGCAAUUCUCUGAUAAACUUGCAAACAGUUCAUUUAGUUUUUUUUUUCUUUCACGGAUUAUUAUUAUUUUGUUUUGAAUUUUAAUAUAUUUCUGUUAAAUAUUUAAUUACUUUUUUCUUCAUGCUUGUGGCAUCUCGAUCAGAAUGAAUAUUUUUGCAUAUUAUCACAAGGCAUUUCGAUGAGGUUUCUCUUUUAAGAUGACUUGUGUUGACGGUGAAAUUUAUUA